UGUAUGUUACCUGUCCAAGGAGCGGCUCACACAAAGUGUCGUAACAUCAAUCAAAGUAAACAUGUCACCGAGAUCAGCGCUGAUUUUAACCGUGAUCUGCCUUUCAAUUAUUAAUGGUGUAUACACUACUGAUUGGAGUGGUAUGGCCAAAACCACACUUAAAUCUGCUCUUAAAAUAAAACCCAACAACAGGAUCGCUAAAAACGUCAUCAUUUUUAUCGGUGACGGAAUGGGCUUGUCUACCAUUAAUGCUGCUAGAAUCUACAAAGGACAAAAGCUGGGCAACACAGGCGAGGAAACCAUACUGGAGUACGAAACAUUCCCCAACGUGGCCUUGUCCAAAGUGUACGGGUCGGACAAACAGGUACCCGAGUCUGCACAGACAGCUACUGCCUUGCUAUGUGGUGAAAAGACUAACUUUAAUGUCGUUGGGUUAAAAGAUUCUGUCGGAGCCUCUAACUGCAGUGCUUACAUACGUCUGGGACAGGAAGCGGAAGUCAAAUCCAUAAUAAGACACGCUAUAAAACAAGGUAAAUCUACAGGAGUUGUGACGACUACUAGGGUCACCCACGCCACCCCCGCCGCUACAUACGCCCACUCGCCACACCGGGAUUGGGAAUCGGACGCCGACAUUAAUGCCACACUUCACGGCGACUGCAUGGAUAUUGCCCAACAACUAAUUAACAGUAAUCAUGAUAUACAGGUUGUACUUGGAGGGGGUCGUAGAGCAUUUCUUCCAGUAACCGAACCCGAUCCAAAAACAAAUCUCCCAGGUGUGAACUUACGAUUGGACGGUCGAAACCUUGUCCAGAGAUGGGAGUUACUACAGCAGGGGAAGAACAAAAAGUACAAAUAUGUCUGGAGAAAGCAAGACUUCGACGCCGUGGACCCCAAUGACACAGAUUAUCUCUUGGGACUAUUUAGUCCAUCCCACAUGCAAUAUGAACUGGAGCGAGACACCAGCAGCGACGGGGAACCUUCUCUGACGGAGAUGACGGACAAAGCCAUCAAGAUACUGAGUCGCAACAAAAAGGGAUUCGUACUUAUGGUUGAAGGUGGUCGAAUUGACCAUGCCCAUCAUGACACCACCGCAAAGAAAGCUCUAGUGGACGCAGUACAAUUCGAGGAAGCGGUCAAAAUGGCGGUGACCCUAACGAAUAAGGAUGAUACUCUGGUAGUCGUGACGGCAGACCACUCUCAUCCUUUCUCUUUGACUGGAUACACAAACAGAGGAAAUCCUAUUCUUGGUCUCGUUGACCAAGAAAGUUUUGAAUUGCAACCUACUUUAGAUGAUUUGCCAUAUACGUCACUCCUUUAUGCUAAUGGUCCAGGUUAUACAACACCUCGUCAGAAUCUCACCGGAAUAAGAACAGAUGCAAAUAAUUACAUGCAACAAUCUGCUGUACCGCUUGAUUCGGAGACACACAGCGGGGAGGAUGUCGGGAUAUAUGCGAUGGGUCCCAUGUCGCACCUGUUUCAUGGCGUCCACGAGCAGCAUUACGUCGCCCACGUGAUCCAGUAUGCUGCUUGUAUUGGAGAGUACGCCAACGAGUGUGACAAGGACGCCCGGAUGUCAAUUAGUGCCGCACCAACAUAUUCCUUUAAUUAUAUCAUUCUUACUGUUUGUCUACUGUUUUCCUAUUCAUGACACAUGAACGUGCAUAAUGCUUGAUUAUCUAUUGACUUUAUAAAAAAAAAAGAAGGAAAAACAACUUUAAAUUUCAUAUUUCUCAUUUCCUCAGGUUUUCUCAUUAUUGAUCAUGACUCUCUGGUAGUUUUUUUUUCUCUUCUUCUGAUUUUAUCAUUUUAAAGUCCUCGUUAAUCGUUUGAAAAGAAGUGGGAAUAGACAACGAGUUCUACUCAAACAUUUUAACUGUUCAAGUAAGUUUUCAUAAAACUCUUCUACAUUAAACAUAAAUUCGGGUCUGGUAACACUUGGUCAAACCUCAUCUUUGAAUUAUGCAUUUUCUACAAGUACGCUUAAAAGUAUACUGAAUAUUGUAUCAUUUACGUUUGAAAAGGAAGCUUUUUAGCAUCCGUUUAUGUAGAAUUUUGAGAGAAAUAUUAAAUAUAUGGUAACCAGUACGAUGGACCAUUGCAAGAGUUUAACCACUUCGAUUGUUGAUUUAUCUGACCUUGGAGCGGGUUCAAAUAGACUUUGCCUGUUACCCAUCCAUUUGAAUUUCCAAUAAAAAUAUGUUUAAAUUUAAUAAUAACACAAAACAAAAAUUUUAUAGAUCUCUUAAAUUCUUAAGCUUUGACAUGUUAUUAAUCCACAAAUAACGUUGUGUACGUCUAUCUUGCGUUCUAUGUAAUCUGACAUCUAAGGUAGUGAUUAGUUAUUUGUCAUAUUUCUACGAAAUGACAACGAAAUUAAGUUGGGGCUUUUAAAUUAAAUCCAUAUUUAUGCACCGUUGACCGAUUUCAAAAGUUAAACUACUAUGUUCACUUUAGGAUGUCUCGUUUAAUCGAUAUUUCAAGAUUUUAUCUCCUCUGUGACAUAACAUUUUAAUCCACCUCGACAAAUAUCAUACAACACAGUCAAAGAAGUUUAAGACAAAAUAUGUAACAAGUAAACGUAUGCAGUUUGUUUAUUAUUGAUAUGAUAUUCUUAUGAAUAUGAAACCUUUUAGGAACAGAGCAUUUUAUCUAUUAGAUUGUGACGCUUCAAGGAAUCGUAAACCAAUCCUCAAAAAACAAAAUAUAACGUCAUGAUAACCAACAUUUUACGUUCUAAUUGCUAUGACAUGUUUCAUGCCAUCUGAGAAAAAGUAGUUGCUAUACGCCGACUUUUGUUGAUUUUUUCGUAUUUUUCCAAAAGUAAUUCAUCUCUUUUUGUGGACAUGUUUAAUACAUUCAUAGAAGAUCAAAGAUAUUCUUAACGUGAAUAGAUUGCAUUGAUAUUCAAAAUAAAAACUAACAAAUGCAAAUAUUUUUUUGGCAA